AUUAAAAUUAAUUUUAGGGAUGUCUGCUAGUUGGGCCUCGCCUGGAUCUGUGAUAGAGACCAGCAAUCAAAUGGAUGACGACAGUAAGAUUCUUCGUCAGAAGAAAUUUGAACAACAAAGAGCUAUUCAACAACAGAGACAACAACAGAAAAGACAGGCCACUGGUAUGGUAAUCUCGAACAGUUUAGCAAUAAACAGUUCCCUGUCCAACUCUCGUCCCUCGUCCGGUACAGGUGCUCGAGACGAAUUCUCCCAUGUAACAUCCUCGCCCCAGAAAGCACGCCCCAGUGCUUCCCCCACAGCGCAACACACCAGUGUAGCUGACAAGCUUGCUGCUAUGGGGAUAUCUUCUAAUGUUGACUUCUCUGAACCGCCUCCCUCAAAAUCUCCACCCUCUACCAAACCUUCUACCCCAUCAGGGGGAGAGGAGGAGAUGGAAUUCCAGCCUGUCGCUCCUGCCCCCGGUUUCCAAGAAGUCAGACCCAUGACAGCCUCCUCUCGACCCAGCACAGCGAAAUCAUUAGGUCCCUCCAACCCUUACCCCGACCUUCCAUCUCUGAACGAACGGGAGGAGCUGGAAGAGUUUGCCCUGAGACCAGCACCCCAGAACCGGGACAUGAAGUGUAGGAUAACACGUGACAAGAAGGGUCUAGACCGGGGGAUGUACCCCACUUACUAUCUACACCUCGAGAGAGAGGAUCACAAGAAAGUGUUCUUAUUGGCGGGGAGAAGGAGAAAGAAAAGCAGCACCAGCAACUAUCUUAUCAGUGCGGACCCUACAGACCUGUCACGUGACGGUGAGAGUUACGUGGGUAAAGUAAGGAGCAACCUGGUGGGGACCAAGUUUACUAUCUACGGCUCUGGACUCAACCCGGUCAAACCUCCAAAACCUGGUCCUGAGGGAACUGUCAUAUACCGUGAGGUCCCCCCUGCUCAGGAGCUAGCAUCAGUUGUGUACAGUACGAACGUGUUGGGCUUCAAGGGACCCAGGAAGAUGACAGUGUUAAUACCAGGCAUGACUGGCGAUCGAGAGAGGGUCGAGAUACGUCCUGAAUCAGAACAUCACUCGAUACUGGAGCGUUACAAGAGAGGAGAAGCGGGUAAUCUGCUCGAACUUCACAACAAGACGCCUGUUUGGAACGACGAAACUCAGAGCUACGUCCUUAAUUUCCACGGUCGCGUCACUCAGGCGUCAGUGAAGAACUUUCAAAUAAUCCACGACAACGACCCCGACUACAUCGUAAUGCAGUUUGGACGUGUUUCUGAGGAAAUAUUCACCAUGGACUUUAAAUACCCCUUAUGUGCUUUACAAGCAUUUGCCAUCGCUUUAUCUUCCUUCGACGGGAAAAUAGCUUGUGAAUGACUCAAUGUAGUAUGUCCUCAGACACUUUAUUGUUCUAUUUCUUUACUUUAUAUAUAAAUAGUGUAGGACACAUUAUCAGAAUUUGAGGAAUGUAUCCUCCUGGCUUGGUUGCCAUGGAUACUCAUUCCCAAAACUCAGAGUCUUUGUACUUGGAAUAUUCAGAGAGUAACAUGAUCUUAUCGUGAUUAAUUUAUUUUCCCUUUUAUUCGUACAACGAUGUAUAUAUGUUUUAAAUGUUAAAAAUGUUGAUUAUGUGUAUUAAGUAAAAAAACUGCUACGAUGAAUUUAUUAUGAAUUAGGGUAGCGUUAAAAUUCAUUAAAAUAUUGUAAACAGAUGAUAUUAUUAAACAAUGAUGAUGUUUUUGAAUAAUAUAAUUUAUGAAAUGGGACCUAAAUUCUUACCUCUUUAUAGGAAAUCUCAUAGAUUUUCGCAAGGAUUUCCUAAACACUGUUAUACGAUUUUUAGUUUUAUGGAAUGUUAUACCGGGCAUUUAAUUGGUAACUAAUUGAUAAUUGAUACCAUAGACUGAAAUCAACAAGACAAUCAGUCGAAUAACCCUUGAUCAAUCUUAUAUUAUGAAGGAAUUGGGCGACAUCCCACAAUAAGUUGAGAAUAUUAUUUGAUUAUUAUAUGUUUUAGAUGAGGAUAGCCGGAUCUAUCACAGUAUAUUUAAAUCAAGGAGAUAUUUUACUCAUUCAUAGAUUGAUAUAUAAAAGGGCGAUUCAUGCCCCAGUUGAUAUAUACCUUAGUUCAGAUGUUAUGAUUUUAAUGUGUUCAACAAGUCUGUGUACAAAAGAAUUACGUGUUUAGAAAGUUUAGCAGUAUUUUAUCCUUAGGUAACCGUCAGUAGGUUUGUAAUCGUAGCUCGCACAAAGUUUAACGAAGUGAAUUUGCAGUUGCGAGAUUACAGUGCGUUAUUUUAGUAGCGGAAGAAGAAGCAGCUCUGAUUGGAGAGUCUGAUAUGAGACUUUAUCAGUGUUUAUAAAGGCUUGAUUUGUCUCUCGUGUGAAGUGUCAUAUUGUGUCAUGUUGUCGUUGUUUUAGCUGACAUUUUGAUGUCAAACUUUCGUGUUUUAAUUUAGGGUCUGUACAUGUUGUGUGCCUUAUAUAGUCUUAUUUCCGUGCAGAGAACAGGAAUUUCAGAAUUUGUCUGUCAUACCCUGAAAUAUGUACGUGGUUUGAGAUGUUCACCUACCGUCCUAACAAGCAACUUAAAGCCGGAAGAAAAUUCAAAUUUUCGUAGUCAUGUUUUUGUUUCGGGUAAUAUUGGACUAAAGAAUCGAACAAAUAUCUGUUUC